AUGCAGCGCGCACUUACUUCCCGCGCGAGAGCUUCCGUCCUCUCUGCUGCUCCCAGCAAGUUCCGUGCCGGUGCCGGCCUGGGACAGCAGCUUCGCUUUGCCCACAAGGAGCUCAAGUUCGGUGUCGAGGGCCGUGCCGCCCUGCUCGCUGGUGCUGAUACUCUGGCCAAGGCCGUCGCGACAACACUUGGCCCCAAGGGUCGCAAUGUCCUCAUUGAGUCCAGCUAUGGCUCCCCCAAGAUCACAAAGGAUGGUGUAACUGUCGCGAAGGCAAUUACCCUCAAGGACAAGUUCGAGAACCUCGGCGCCCGCCUCAUCCAGGACGUCGCCUCAAAGACCAACGAGACCGCCGGUGACGGAACUACCACCGCCACUGUCCUCGCCCGUUCCAUCUUCUCCGAGACCGUCAAGAACGUCGCCGCUGGCUGCAACCCCAUGGACCUGCGCCGUGGUAUCCAGGCUGCUGUCGAUGAGGUCGUUGCUUUCCUCCAGAAGAACAAGAGAGAUAUUUCCACCAGCGAGGAGAUUGCCCAGGUCGCCACCAUCUCCGCCAACGGCGACCAGGAGGUCGGCAACCUGAUUGCCAAGGCCAUGGAGAAGGUCGGCAAGGAGGGUGUCAUCACCGUCAAGGAGGGCAAGACUCUGGUCGACGAGCUCGAGGUUACCGAGGGUAUGCGCUUCGACCGCGGCUUCGUCUCCCCCUACUUCAUCACCGACGCCAAGUCCCAGAAGGUCGAAUUCGAGAAGCCCCUGAUCCUCCUCUCCGAGAAGAAGAUCUCUGCCGUCCAGGACAUCAUUCCCGCUCUUGAGGCCUCCACCCAGCUGAGACGUCCUCUCGUCAUCAUUGCCGAGGACAUCGAGGGUGAGGCUCUCGCCGUCUGCAUUCUCAACAAGCUCCGUGGUCAGCUCCAGGUCGCUGCCGUCAAGGCCCCCGGCUUCGGUGACAACCGCAAGUCCAUCCUCGGUGACUUGGCUGUCCUUACCAACGGUACCGUCUUCAGCGAGGAGCUUGACAUCAAGCUCGAGAAGGCCACCCCCGACAUGCUCGGCUCCACCGGCUCCAUCACCAUCACCAAGGAGGACACCAUCUUCCUGAACGGUGAGGGCGCCAAGGACUCCAUCUCCCAGCGCUGCGAGCAGAUCCGUGGUGUCAUGAACGACCCCACUACCUCCGAGUACGAGAAGGAGAAGCUCCAGGAGCGUCUGGCCAAGCUCUCUGGUGGUGUCGCCGUCAUCAAGGUCGGUGGCUCUUCAGAGGUUGAGGUUGGUGAAAAGAAGGACCGCUUCGUCGAUGCCUUGAACGCCACCCGCGCCGCCGUCGAGGAGGGUAUCCUGCCCGGUGGUGGUACCGCCCUUAUCAAGGCCUCUGCCCUUGCUCUUAAGGAUGUCAAGACCGCCAACUUCGACCAGCAGCUUGGUGUCACCAUCGUCAAGAACGCCAUCACCCGCCCUGCUCGCGCCAUCGUCGAGAACGCUGGCCUUGAGGGCUCCGUCAUCGUCGGCAAGCUCACCGACGAGUUCGCCAGCGAUUUCAACAAGGGCUUCGACUCCUCCAAGGGCGAGUACGUCGACAUGAUUGCCGCCGGUAUCCUUGACCCCUUCAAGGUCGUCCGCACCGGUCUGGUUGAUGCCAGCGGUGUUGCUUCCCUGCUCGGUACCACUGAGGUCGCCAUUGUUGAGGCUCCCGAAGAGAAGUCAGGAGGUCCUCCUAUGGGCGGCAUGGGUGGUAUGGGCGGAAUGGGAGGCAUGGGUGGUAUGAUGUAA